CCCACACCCACACCCACCCAACGUUUACUCGUUCAGGAAUUCAUUUUCUUUUAGAAGAUUCAGUACGUUUAGAAAAUUGUCUUCGUUCAUUAGCAUUGGAAAAAUGUCCCAAUCUAAGAAACUUCCUCUGUUUACUUCAUAUUGAUAUCAGUCGACCGAAAUUCGAUUUCAAACCACCAUCACGAACACUAACAUCUAGAGGCAAACCGAUUCGAAAAUUAAACUUCGAUCUUGAUGAACGUGCAGUUUCUGUGCCUCUAGCAACGCCUAAAGAAACAGCAACUACUCAACUUAUUGAAAUGUAUAAAUCAAACGAUCAAAAGGUCUUGUCGAUUAUGCCUGAAGGUAAAUUGGACCAUCGUUCACCACUUAAAGCAAGAACAAAACCGACACAGUGGACGUAUCCAUUAUUAAUUGAAACACCGGUGAUUGCACAAAUGAUCGAUUUGAUGGUUGAAGGAUUUCGUGCCAAUUGGGAACAAAUGAUCAAUCAAAAUAAAUCAUUGGAACAACGUGAAAUUCAUUGGUGCAUAUUGAUUGAUAAUUCGGGUUCAAUGAGUAUUCAUCGCAAUGCUAUCUACGAAAGUUUAGUUGUACUUAUGGAAUUCUUACGUAAACUCGAAAGUAAAUUUGCUGUGGCGCGUUUUGGCGGACGAACCAAUCAAAAAAUAUUGAAAAAUAUGGAUGAUUUAUUCACCAAUCAAGAUGGUCAAUAUGUUCUCGAAGCAUUGACAUUUGAUGAAGGUACUUAUCCAGCAACUGGACUUGCACGCGUUGCUGAUCUGGUCUUUCCUCGAGACAAAUUACGAUCAUCUUCUGAUAUUAUUGUUCAUCAAUGCGUUGUUAUGAUCACAGAUGGUCUAACUCAAGAACGUGAAGAUACGACCUAUACAGGGACAACCGACAAAUAUGGUCUUGAUCUUGGUAUUUUGUUUAUCGAAACGGGCGAAGCAGAAACAAGCGAAGUGCUGCUUGAAUAUUUAAAAAAUGUGACAAAUGUUAAAAUAAAAUCGGAUAAAAUGCAUGACUUACCUCAUCUUAUGCCACAACUAUUGCAUCAAAUGACGAAAAAAUGUUUGGAAAAAGCAAUAAAAAAAAAACAAGAAUUCAUUCCACUGUCAACCAUCCAAGUGGUAGUGCCAAGCUAUGAUGGAACAAUUCCGGUACCUAGUAAAUUAGAGAUCGAGAAAUUCAAAUAUUCAAGUUUUAAUCCAAGCUCGUACGUGAUCAGUAGUCCAACGGCAAUUAUCCCUAAUUUAGCUCUGGUUCAGGCAUCUUUACCAAACUAUUUAUCGAGUACUACUGAGUUUACUAAUUGCGCCUCAUCGGCUAUUAGUGAACUGCGUAAGUACUAUCAAACACUCAAUACAGAAACAGCGAUAAUCGAGACCGAAAAGGCUUGGCUUAACGAAGAACAUCGAUUUUCUGCGUUGAUUGAUGAUGUUUCGACAGUACUCGGUGAUGUGGUCUUUCCAUUCAAUAAAUUUACUCGCCGUCGAGCAGCACUACAUGGCUCAUCAUUAUAUAUGCCCGGCGUUAUUAAAGCCAUGACUAGCGAAUGGAAUUAUAAGAAAAUCUUCGGUGUCAAACUUGCUGGUGGUAAACGUGAUCAUACCGUAUGUCUUGUCAUUGAUGUUUCGACAUCCAUGUUCGGUACACUUGCAAUGGGUACUCUUGAAGGACUUGUCGUUUUAAUUGCUGCCUUACAAAAAAUCGCCAUCGAUAAUUUUUCAAUCGUGAUUUUUGGUCGAAAUGUUCGUUUAAUUAAAACCAAUGAACAACGAUGGGAUGCAUUAAGUAUCUAUACUUUAAUGCAGCAGUUACGUUUUGAUCUCGAUGAAGGAACAAGAGAUGCCGAUGGAAUUGAAGUGGCUAUUGAUUUACUUGGACAAUAUUCGACACGAGGUGAAAAGAAAAUUUUUAUCGUCACUGAUGGUUACACUAGCUGUGGAACUCAUCUGGCGAAAGUCCAACGACGUGCCGACGAAAAUAGUAUCGAUGUCGUGGCGAUGGCUAUUGGACUUGAUCAAACGAAUUUGAAAAAUGUUUAUAAACGUUAUUUUCAAUGUGCUACUGUUUAUGGUUUACCAAAAGCUUUCCGAGCGCUGUUCGAAAACGAAACUCAACUAACAUCAUCGGAUUGGUCACAAAAACGAAUUCUCGACGAAGUUGAAGCAAGUCGAAAACAAUUGCAACAUCUGUUUCACGCUGUCGAAUCAGAAAAGAUUUUUGAAUCGAUGAUUACUGAAUUGGCGGAUCAUCGUGAUAUGAAAUUACUGACUAAUGCUGCAGUAUCUGUCGAUCUCUCCGUAGAUAUUUGUUUCUGUCUCGAUUGUACAGGCAGUAUGUCCCGAUGGAUUGCUGCUAUGAAAGCUCAGAUGCAUGAAAUUAUUACAGGUAUUCGAAAGCAAAUCGACAAGAAAUAUCCGCAACUUAAACUGAAAGUCAAAUUACGUUUUGCCAUUGUUGGCUAUCGAGAUGUGCGAGAUAAUCCUCGAUUUUUCAAUUGUGAUUUCAAGGAUCAAACCAACGAAGUGAUCCAAUUUCUUGAGACAUUAACAGCAAGUGGUGGCGAUGAUCUGCCUGAAGAUGUACUUGGUGCUCUUCAUACAUGUUUAAAAUUACCAGGCUGGAAAGCAAAACAUGCACGUUUUAUCAUUGUUAUUACGGACGCGCCAGGGCAUGGAGAAUUAAAUGACAAACUCAAAGAUGAUUAUCCGCAGGGAGUCGGUGUACAUACGUUGAACGAAAUCUGUGAACGUCUUCUAAUGAAAGACCACGAGACUGAACUUUUAUUCUACUGUAUGAACGAACGAACAACGAAAAAAAUGACGAAUGCUUUUCAAAACUAUUAUGCUAAGCAGAGGGAUAAAACAGAUAAAAGAUGUGUUGUGAUCUAUCCAUUCAAAGAUAAUGAACCAGCUACACAAUCGUUUCAUUUUGUGUUUGUACUCGAUGGAUCGGUUUCCAUGGCUCAUCAUUGGACAGCUUUACUACAAGCAUAUGCGGGCUUCAUACAAGUUCGAAAGAGAAAUCAAGGUGAAGGAGAUAUUUUUAGUGUGGUGCAAUUUAGUGAUGAAGGGCGUAUUGAAUACGAACAAAAAGAUGCGAGAAAUGCUCGUACUAGUAUCGAGCAAUGGCGCCAUUCAACAAAUUAUUGUGCUGGUUUAGCAAAAGCAGAAGAAGUGAUCGAACGUGAUUCGAGCAAUUCACCAAUAAUUAUGAUCUUCAUGUCGGAUGGAAAAGAUCGAUCAGAAGGAAAUCCUACAAAACUCGUCAGAGAUCUUCGAAAUAAAUAUGCGGCAAAACACAAUUUCAUUUGUCAUACUGUUGCUUUUGGUGCGGCGAUUGCUGGUGAUCAGAACAGUUUGGCAUUGCUAAAAAAUAUGGCGACAGCUGGAGCGGGUGAUGCUCAUAUGGCCUUGGACGACAAGAGUCUCAAACUGAAAUUUGUGGAGAUUGCAACGAAUAAUAAAACAACAGCUGAAUUGGUCGAAAGUUUUUCGAAAACUCUUUCUAGGGAGAUCAGCAAUCAAAUUGUAGCUGACUUUCUUUGA